GCUGCUUUGCCCUUUACUUUUUCCCUUCUCUUCAGCUGAGUUCUCGAACUUGAUAAACUCAAAAACGGCAUUGUCAGAUUUUCGAGACCUUAAAAAAAGAAAGUGUGAGAGAGAAAGAGAGAGAGUUAUGUAAAAAAAGAGUCUCUUUUAGAUCUCUUCUUCUUCUUUCAUCUUCAGAUCUUCCCCCACUCCACUCGUCUUUUUCUAUCUUUCAAUGGCUAUUCUUCUCACACUUUAACUUAAUUUCCACCGAGUCAUCCCAACCCAUUGGACCUCUUUCUUCCUUUCUACCUCUUUUUUUCUUGAUUCUGAAACUUGGGUUAGCUUUGUUUCUUUUUUUGAGUUUUAAAAAUGGCUGAAACAACAGAAACAAAAACAAUUCCUGAAGCAGAGAAGAAGAAAGAACAAAGCUUACCGUUUUACCAACUUUUCACUUUUGCUGACAGAUAUGAUUACAUGUUAAUGAUCUCUGGUAGCUUAGGAGCUAUUAUCCAUGGUUCCUCAAUGCCUGUUUUCUUCUUAUUAUUUGGUGAAAUGGUUAAUGGCUUUGGCAAAAACCAAUCUGAUUUGCCCAAAAUGACUCAUGAAGUUGCCAAGUAUGCACUCUAUUUUGUCUAUCUUGGUCUUAUUGUCUGCUUAUCAUCUUAUGCAGAGAUUGCAUGUUGGAUGUACACUGGGGAAAGACAAGUGAGUACAUUAAGGAAGAAGUAUUUAGAAGCAGUUUUGAAACAAGAUGUAGGAUUCUUUGACACUGAUGCAAGAACUGGAGAUAUUGUUUUUAGUGUUUCAACUGAUACUUUGCUUGUCCAAGAUGCCAUCAGUGAGAAGGUUGGAAACUUUAUCCAUUACUUGUCAACUUUCUUGGCUGGUUUGGUAGUUGGUUUUGUAUCAGCAUGGAGGUUAGCCUUAUUAAGUGUAGCAGUGAUCCCUGGAAUUGCAUUUGCUGGAGGUUUAUAUGCAUAUACUUUAACCGGCCUCACUUCAAAAAGCCGGGAAUCCUAUGCAAAUGCCGGCAUAAUUGCCGAGCAGGCGAUUGCACAAGUCCGUACCGUUUACUCAUAUGUUGGUGAGAGCAAGGCCCUUAAUUCUUACUCAGAUGCAAUACAGAACACACUAAAACUAGGAUACAAGGCUGGUAUGGCCAAGGGUUUGGGGCUCGGGUGUACGUAUGGCAUAGCUUGCAUGUCUUGGGCGCUUGUUUUCUGGUACGCUGGUGUUUUUAUCCGGAAUGGACAGACUGAUGGAGGCAAGGCGUUCACUGCAAUUUUCUCGGCCAUUGUUGGUGGCAUGAGUUUGGGUCAGUCAUUCUCCAAUCUCGGAGCCUUUAGUAAAGGAAAAACAGCUGGUUACAAGUUGAUGGAGAUUAUCAAGCAAAAACCCUCCAUAACUGAAGAUCAUUUGGAUGGAAAAGUACUUCCCGAGGUCAAUGGCAACAUAGAAUUCAAGGAUGUCACGUUCAGUUACCCUUCAAGACCUGAUGUUAUCAUCUUUCGCAACUUCUCAAUCUUCUUUCCGGCAGGAAAGACCAUGGCAGUUGUUGGUGGUAGUGGUUCUGGGAAAAGUACAGUUGUGUCUAUGGUAGAGAGGUUCUAUGAUCCCAACGAGGGACAGGUUUUGUUGGAUAAUGUGGACAUAAAGACACUGCAACUAAAAUGGUUACGCAGUCAGAUUGGAUUGGUGAAUCAAGAACCUGCACUCUUUGCAACUACAAUCCUCGAGAACAUACUCUAUGGAAAGCCUGAUGCAACAAUGGAUGAAGUGGAAGCUGCCGCUUCUGCUGCAAACGCUCAUAAUUUUAUUACCCUACUUCCUAAUGGGUAUAGCACUCAGGUGGGAGAGCGAGGAGUCCAAUUGUCGGGUGGCCAAAAACAGAGAAUUGCUAUUGCUCGAGCCAUGUUGAAGAACCCGAAGAUCUUGCUCCUUGAUGAAGCAACAAGUGCACUUGAUGCGAGCUCCGAGAGUAUUGUUCAGGAAGCUCUUGAUCGUCUUAUGGUUGGGAGAACAACUGUAGUUGUUGCACAUCGGCUCUCAACCAUAAGGAAUGUUGAUUCUAUAGCUGUUAUACAGCAAGGACAAGUUGUUGAGAUUGGAACUCAUGAGGAAUUGAUUUCUAAGGCAGGAGCAUAUGCUUCAUUAAUCAGAUUCCAAGAAAUGGUGGGAAAUAGAGACUUCGCUAACCCAUCAACGCACCGUUCUCGUUCAUCACGUCUAAGUCAUUCACUGUCAACCAAGUCCUUAAGCCUCCGGUCUGGCAGCUUACGGAACUUGAGCUAUUCUUACAGUACUGGUGCUGAUGGCCGAAUAGAGAUGAUCUCGAAUGCUGAGACGGAGCGUAAAAAUCCAGCUCCACAUGGCUAUUUCUGCCGGCUUCUCAAUCUAAAUGCUCCUGAGUGGCCCUAUUCAAUUAUGGGAGCUGUUGGUUCUGUGCUCUCCGGUUUCAUCGGACCAACUUUUGCCAUAGUAAUGAGCAAUAUGAUUGAGGUGUUCUACUAUACAAAUCCGACCUCGAUGGAAAGAAAGACAAAAGAAUAUGUUUUCAUCUACAUUGGGGCUGGUCUCUAUGCUGUCGUCGCAUAUUUGAUUCAGCAUUAUUUCUUCAGUAUCAUGGGAGAAAACCUCACAACAAGAGUGAGGAGAAUGAUGCUUGGAGCAAUUCUUAGGAACGAAGUCGGAUGGUUCGAUGAAGAAGAGCACAAUUCAAGUCUUCUUGCAGCCAAAUUGGCUGCUGAUGCAGCUGACGUAAAACCUGCCAUAGCUGAGCGGAUCUCAGUCAUACUCCAAAACAUGACUUCACUUCUCACCUCCUUCAUCGUCGCCUUCAUUGUAGAAUGGAGGGUCUCUCUUCUCAUCCUCGGUACCUUCCCUCUUCUAGUCCUUGCAAACUUUGCUCAGCAACUCUCUCUCAAAGGGUUUGCUGGUGACACUGCGAAAGCACAUGCGAAGACUAGCAUGAUUGCCGGCGAAGGUGUAAGUAAUAUCAGAACAGUUGCAGCCUUCAAUGCACAAAACAAGAUCCUUUCGCUAUUUUGUCAUGAGCUCCGAGUUCCACAGAUGCAAAGCCUUCGUCGCAGCCAAGUUUCUGGCCUCCUUUUUGGUCUAUCUCAACUUGCUCUUUACGCUUCGGAAGCUCUCAUACUUUGGUAUGGUGCGCACCUUGUAAACAAAGGUGCCUCCACAUUCUCGAAGGUGAUCAAGGUUUUUGUGGUCUUGGUGGUCACGGCAAAUUCAGUGGCGGAAACUGUUAGUCUUGCCCCUGAAAUCAUUAGGGGUGGUGAAGCUGUUGGUUCAGUGUUCUCCAUUUUAGAUCGUUCAACCAGGAUUGAUCCGGAUGAUCCUGAAGCAGAACCAGUUGAAUCAAUUCGUGGAGAAAUCGAGCUUAGGCAUGUUGAUUUUGCAUACCCUUCACGACCUGAUGUCAUCGUGUUUAAAGACCUUAACCUUCGAAUCCGUGCUGGUCAAAGCCAAGCACUUGUUGGAGCUAGUGGCUCUGGCAAGAGUUCAGUCAUUGCAUUGAUCGAACGCUUCUAUGAUCCUACAGCUGGAAAGGUUAUGAUCGACGGAAAAGAUAUCCGGAGAUUGAACUUAAAGUCUCUUAGGCUUAAAAUCGGAUUGGUACAACAAGAGCCAGCCCUCUUUGCUGCUAGCAUUUUCGAUAAUAUUGCUUACGGGAAAGAAGGAGCAACUGAAGCUGAAGUAAUUGAGGCAGCCCGAGCAGCUAACGUGCAUGGUUUUGUCAGUGCAUUGCCUGAUGGGUACAAAACACCUGUUGGUGAAAGAGGGGUUCAGCUCUCUGGGGGUCAAAAACAAAGAAUCGCAAUUGCACGAGCCGUGCUAAAGGACCCAACAAUACUAUUACUCGACGAGGCCACCAGCGCACUUGAUGCUGAAUCGGAGUGUGUACUACAAGAAGCACUGGAACGGCUAAUGAGGGGUCGCACCACAGUACUUGUGGCUCACCGUCUCUCAACGAUAAGAAAUGUAGACAGCAUCGGAGUAGUGCAAGACGGUCGAAUUGUGGAACAAGGCAGCCACUCGGAAUUGAUAGCCCAACCCGAAGGAGCCUAUUCAAGGCUGUUGCAACUACAACAUCAUCACAUAUGAUAUAAUAUAGCUGUAGAUAUGGGAAUGCUGUAGACUGGCUGUAUCAAUGGCCCCCAUUUCCAAUGAGAUGAAAAAAAUGUUAAAUUAUUGAGAUAUAUAUGAAUGGUGGAUAAGCCCCAAUAUGUGUUGAUUGGCUUUUACUUUCUGUAAUUGAAAUUUUUAUAAUACUAUAAAGUGGAAACCCUAGACAUCACCUUUCCAGCCUUUAUCAA